GGCUAGCGGAGACAUGGAAGAUAAUGGAGUUCAUCAUCAACUCUAUCCGUUCAUCUCUCCCCCUGCACCACCCUGCCAUUACUGCUCGGCAUCCUCAACAGCCAAUGGGAGAAGGAGUGGGCGGGCUCAGGAGAUAAAAGGGGGGGGCGCUGAAAUGCUGCACUGUGUCAAUCUCUGGAUCCUGCAGAUGCUCUCUGCAUGAAACUGAUGCAAUGCAUUUAACUCGCUGCAGCUGCUUGGACUCAGGGGUGCUGAAGGUGGUUUGAUCUUGGCGGAAGGGAUUGCGAUUUGUUACUUACCAAACAUCAGCCUGCUCGGAGCUAUACGGACUAAUUAAACCCCAAACCCCUUCGCCCUGAAGAGCUUACAGUGGAAAUAAAUGAUGACUGGAUGAGAUGUAUAAACAAGUGUCCUGUGCUCUUCUGGUAUCAGUUGUUUGUGUUCCAACCCAGGAAUACAAACUAUAGAUCUGAUCUGAGCGGCGCGUCUGUGAAGGAACACAGAUGUCACUCUAGCAUUCGCUACUAAACCUGCUGUUCCAGCCCUGCCUCUCAGGGGUAGCAGCCAAGUUGAAGGUGAAGGCCAGAGAGAUGAACUGACUAGCCCAAGGUCAUGCCAGGAGCUUGUGACAUUGCUGGAAACUGAACCAAGACCUUCUGGUCAGCAGACCAGUGCUAUCACUAUCCUUUGUUGGGACUGAGAGUAGACACUUGGGGAGAAGAGCUCAUAAUGGAAGAAAGAGGACCUGGUUUCAGGAGAGAUCUAUCUACACCUGUAAUAUGAGAGACUCAGGAAUCCAAGCCAGCUUAUGCUCCAAUAUGUCUGUUAGCCUUUAAGGUGCCACAGGACUCUUUGAUGCUUUUUAAAGAUCCAGACUAACACAGCUCCCCCUCUGAUACAAGCCAGCUGUGUGUGUGUCCGUCCCUGUCUCCACUGCCCCCUACUCUGUUCCUCCUGAAGAUCAAGGGUCACUGGCCUAGUGGAGAAGCAGGAGACAUGAUAUAUCUUGAUUUUAGCAAGGCCUUUGACACAGUCCCACGUGACAUUCUCACAAGCAAACUGAGGAAUGUGGUCUAGAAGAAAUGACUAUAAGGUGACGACACAGCAGUCUUGGUGCUGAUUGUCCAGAAAAUGGCAGAAGAGAGCGCCGAAGCAGCAAGUGAUACCAGUGGAGGGGUGACUGGCGCAAUGCUGCGGGGUCACGGAGCAGUGGAAGAAAGGGGAAGAGAUGUGGAUUUCAGCCUAAAAUGCAUUAAAGGUAAACGAAUCCCAAUUAUUGUUACUGUCGUAAUCACAGCUUUGACCAUCACCAUAAUUGCACUGGCAGCCACGAAGACGCCCCCUUGCCCAGGCUGCCCGCCCCAUGUCACUGCUGCGUGCUCGGAUGGCUGGGUGGGAUACCAAGGGAAAUGCUACUACUUCUCAGAGACUGAAGGGAACUGGAACAACAGCCAGAGCAACUGCUCUUCCCUCAACUCCUCCCUGACUUCCAUUGAUUCCCUGCCAGAGCUGGAUUUCAUGCUGCGCUAUAAAGGGGUGCCUUACCACUGGAUUGGCCUCCGGAGGGAACAAGGCGAGGGCCAGCCCUGGAAGUGGACCAACGGCACCAUAUUCAACAACCUGUUUCCGGUCAGAGGGGAAGGGCAGUGCACCUACCUGGAUGAAUAUGGGGUCAGCAGCUCCAGGUGCUACUCAGAGAGACAUUUCAUCUGCAAGCGGCCGGACAAGUGCUCUAGAAGGAAGCCCAGUGCCGCAGGAGGGGACACAAUAUUUAAGAUCACUUAAAGGGUCAAUGCAGCCUCUUCAGUGGAUGCAGAACUUACACAUUCACCAUUUCUUGUGCAGCAUAGACUCAUAGACUCUAGGACUGGAAGGGACCUCGAGAGGUCAUCGAGUCCAGUCCCCUGCCCUCAUGG